AGAUCUGUCUGUUGCCAAGUAUCGUGAACUGACUUUCCUUCGCUGUAAACGACUGUUUGAAUAUGACUUCUUGAAAUUUGCAGAUGUUGUGCAAGAUCCUCUAAAUGGUCUUGCAGUAGUACAUUGUUUAGGAAUGUACGACUGGUCACUGGUUACUGUCUACGCUCUAAAUAAACUGAUGUUUGGAGGGACGGUUUUAAAUUCUGGAUCCAGUAGACAUCAUCAGUUUGUAGAGAAGAUAAUAAAUAUGGAGAUCUUUGGAUGUUUUGCUUUGACUGAGUUAAGCCAUGGCAGCAAUGCUAGAGCUAUGAGAACAACAGCAAAGUAUGAUCCAGAAACACAGGAAUUUAUCAUCAAUUCUCCUGACUUUGAAGCAGCUAAAUUCUGGAUUGGGAACAUGGGGAAAACUGCCACACAUGCUGUUGUAUUUGCACAGCUCGAAACUCCCGAUGGAGUCUGUCAUGGCCUUCAUUCUUUUGUUGUUCAAAUCAGAGAUCCAAAGACCUUACUUGCAAUGCCUGGAGUAAUGGUUGGAGAUAUUGGAAAAAAGUUGGGAUUAAAUGGAAUAGACAAUGGAUUUGCUGUGUUCCACAAUGUGAGAAUACCACGAGAAAAUCUACUAAAUAGAACUGGAGAUGUCACACCUGGGGGAAUUUAUACAACUUCAUUCAAGAAUCCUAAUCAACGAUUUGGUGCUUCACUUGGAGCGCUUUCUUCUGGUAGAAUUACAAUCACAGGAAUUGCAACUUCGAAUCUUAAGCUGUGCUUAACAAUUGGUAUUCGGUAUUCUGCAGUACGUCGUCAGUUUGGACCAACAGAUCACUAUGAAAUACCGCUGCUCGAAUAUCAAUUGCAGCAAUGGCGACUUAUUCCCUUUGUGGCAGCCACCUAUGCGUUAGACCACUUUUUUAAAUCACUGUUCAUAAAUUCUGUUGAAUAUCAAAGAGGAAUGUUGAUGAAGGACAAGAGUGAGAGACAGGCAGAGCUCGGUAAAGAAAUUCAUGCAUUAUCUAGUGCAAGUAAAUCUCUUUGUUCAUGGACAGCUCAACAAGGCAUUCAAGAAGUCCGUGAAGCUUGUGGUGGUCACGGCUAUCUUGCUGUGAAUCGUCUUGGGGACAUUAGAAAUGACAAUGAUCCUAACUCUACAUAUGAAGGUGACAAUAAUGUCUUAUUACAACAAACCAGCAACUACCUUCUCGGAUGGAUUAAAGCAAAACACCAAGAUCAUGUUACUAUCAAGUCCCCAUUGCAAUCAGUUGACUUUCUGGAAGAUUUGAAUUCUAUUCUUACCCAAGAAUUUCCAACAACUAAUGAUGAAUGUCUGGACUGUUCAGUUGCUUUGGCUGCGUACAAAUGGUUAGUUUGCCACUUGUUGCAUGAGAGCUGCGUGAAACUGCAUAAUGAGAAGAAUUUGGGCAAAUCAGACUUUGAAUGCAGAAACAACAGUCAGGUGUAUUAUUGCAGAUCUUCAGCAAUUGUCUUCAUUGAGUACAAUGUGCUGCAAAGAUUUCAUGAUUUUGUUCAUAGUUCUGACACACCAAUCAGCUUACAACCUGUGUUAAAGCGUCUCUGUUCCCUAUAUGGUCUGUGGACUCUUAAUAAACAUACAGCAGUAUUGUACCAAGGGGGCUAUUUCACCGGUGACAAACCUGGAAGAAGAUUGCAAAAUGCCAUUCUAAAUCUAUGUGCACAGCUGAAGGAUGAUGUAGUGGCUCUUGUGGAUGUCCUUGCUCCUCCUGAUUUUAUUUUGAAUUCACCAAUUGGGAAAGCUGAUGGAGAGAUUUAUAAAAACCUGUGGGCAGCAGUUCUUCAGGGCAAGAACGUACUUGAGAGACCAGCAUGGCCAAGAACAAAGUAACUACAGUCCCAUUGCAGUCUUUCUGUGGGAAGAUCACAAAGCUCCUCUAACCUCCCUGUGAAGAUACAGCAAUGCUCUCUCCUAAAGAUCAGCCAGUUUGCAAAACUCCUCCAAGAGCACAACACAAUACUUCUAAAACCUUUCCAAGAGCAAAAGUAAAGAGACACAGCAUGUCAUCUGCAAGUUGGAUUGCUAACCUUCUACAGAGCCAAUUUUUUCAGUCUUAAGUGGCAAUCCAGAUUGAAUUUCUCGUAUUCCAUUAUCCUUUACGUGAUAUUAUGUUCCAAGUAUCUGGAAAAAUGUGUAAGCAAUUAAAAAGUGCUGAACUACGACAAGGUCCUGCAACAAGAGGUGUACAGCUACAUUUGUAAUAGACAUUCCAUGACAAGAUACUCAAUGAUUAAUGCUGCACUACAUACUUGUGUAUAAGUACACAGUUAAUGAGUAAGGAGAUCAGGUAAGAACAAAGAAAGACAGUACUAUCCUUGAGCUUGAGAUGUCUGAAAAGUUCUUUCCUCACUGUUGUUCUGAAUUAGUUAAUCCCCAUUCUCCAA